GGCACCAGUCUUCACCCCGGACGAUUCGAUGUCCUUUCUUACCCGACCGAAUUAUUCUCGCUUCCAGGCCGUGAUAUCUUUCGACCUCAUUUCUUCUUGCUCAGCUCUUGCUCAUGUUACCACUCACCAACAAACCUCCAAAUGAACUUCAACAUCUACUCAGGGAUGGAGCAAUUCAUGGCAAAGCUCCCUCCGUUGAUACCAGUCGGCGAAGAUGCCCCCGAGCAGCCAGACGAAGAAUCGGGGCAACAAAAUCCGGCGGACUCUAGUUGGACCGUCUACAGCCCGAACGUAUUAAGAGGUAAUCUGGACAACGAUAAGGACUACAACAACGACGUGAGGAUGAAUGUUGGAUGGAAUUCCGAGGUGACGGCGAAGCAGAGAGGGGAGAAAGACGCAGACAUGCCGUGGAUGUCAAAGUUCUAUCAACAGCCGUACAUGUUCCCGAGCGGGUGGGACGCAGAAGCGUAAGUGGGGGCCAUUCUUUUAUAAAUCCACUUGAUUUCUUCAGAGAAUACGUUUUAUCCUUCAACUUCAGUUCAACUUCAAUUGCUAAAAUGGUCGAAAGUACUCCUAAAGCCUCGGAUCACAACUCCAAUUAUCCGCAUCCCAGCCUCUCACUACCUCAUCCCACCCUGAGCCUUGACUUCCGCAUGUCUGUUACACUCAACCCCCGCAUUUCCGUUGGGCCGACGCCUCUUGGACACCGGAAUUGGAUAUCCUUUACAGGCGGCAGGUGGUCGGGGUCUUGGGGAUCUGGAAUCGUCUUGGUACAUCCCACUCAUCGAUCAUACUGACACUCUGCUCACGCGAAGUAGCCUGGCGGCCAAGAUAGCCAACUCAUCAUAGCUGAUGGUUCAGCCAAACUUGAAACCAAUUACAUUCUUGAAACUAAUGAUAAUCCUCCAGCACAUAUUGUCAUCAAGACGCAUGGCUGGAGGACAGGACCGCCAGAAGUUUUGGCCCAACUUGCAGAUCCAGAGUUGGCAGACAAAGUUGAUCCAAAUAGCUAUAAAUUCAGACUCUUUAUAGAUAUGGAGACGGGGGAUGAGAGGUAUCGAGAUCGAGUCAACUGUGGGAUGUGGGUUGGUAGUGGGAUGAGGAGAGGAGCAGAAGUCAUUUAUGAGUGAGUUGAGG